AUGCCUGCUCUACAUAUUGAACGUCCAAGGUUAUCAAGAGAAAUGCAUGAUGCAUUAAAACGACAUGUUCUACGCGAACGACAAAAGAAAAAAGAAGAAGCAGACGCCAACGAAGCUGAUAAGCAAAGAAGACGUGCAGAAAAGGCGAAAGCACUAUCAUCAUCAAAGGUUCAGUUAGAAGAUAAUGCAAAAGAUAUUCUUGAAUUACAACGAGUCCUAGUUGAUCUAGAGCAACAAAAAUAUGAACAGUGUAAUCUAUUAAAACGAGCAUUGACCGAAGAAGACCGACGAAAACAUUCCCAACAGACUGUAGCAAAAGAGCCAUCAUGGACAAGUCUUUAUUCACCGAACCUCCAAAUGGCAUCAUAUGCCCAUCAUCCGCAACAUUACUUAUCCGCACAACAAUCUCAUCGUUUAUUGGCAUAUAAACCACCGCCACCUCAACCAUCUCAACCAACUUCAUUUAUUCCAACAACAACAACAGCAAAUCUUAGUUCAAAACGGCCACGUAGUCCGGCUUCGUCUCAUAUCUAUUCAUCACCAUCAAAUAAAUCAUCACGUACAUCACUUAAUCCUUCAAUGCGUACAAGACCAUUAAGUCCCGGUUCAGCAUAUUCGUCUUCGGCGACUCAAGCCGCUGCUCGAAAUGGUGCACCUAGUUUUCCAUCACCACAAAACCAAUCAGCAUUUUCUGCCUAUCUCGGUUAUAUGACACAAUCAUCAGCUGCUCAGGGUGGAUCAGGUCAGUAUCCCAGUCAAAUGCCACGUGGGCGACCGUCACCACAAAUGCCGAAUUAUUUAAAUCCAUUAUCAUUUUUACCACAACCAAUAGUUGAUCCGAAACAACAAGUAGCAAAUGUUUACUCACAUCAUCCGAUAUUAAGACCUUUGAAGAAUGGAUCAAUUAUGAAUGGUUAUCCAUUGCAACCGCAACAGUAG